AUGGAUACCUGCAGGGUGUUCCUGCUCCUGCUGUGGCACGGCGGCUGUUUGGCAUCGCAGUUUCCAACACAGCUCAUGAUUAAAGAAUGGGUGGAUCAGAUGCAGAAGGAGCUGGUGACCCUGGCAGACACGGCCACAGGCGGGAUGAGCCUCACACAGAUUUUUCUGAGAAACCAGCACCUGUACUCUGUGGAGCAAAACGACGCAGAGGAGCUGGUGGCCAGAGCAGCCAGGAACAUUGAGCAGCUGCUGCGGAAGAGGUCUGCUGCCUUGAAGAAACUUGCCGCGGCUGCUGAGCAAUUCCAGUUCGAUCAUACGUGGAAGGACGAGUUUGAGGAUAAUGAAAUCUCCUACUACAACUCAAAGGACAAUCUGGAUGCAAAUGAGACGGAGGGAAAAAAAUACCGGCUUCGACCAGACUUUAAAGAGGACGCAUCAUUUAGGCGUUUGACUGAUCACAACCACACGGCUGUCCACAUCCCCACUGACAUCUAUGAUGGAUCCACCAUUGUGCUGAAUGAGCUGAACUGGACCGAGGCCCUGAUGGACGUGUUUAGAAAGAACAGAGAGGACGACCCGACACUUCUCUGGCAGGUGUUUGGAAGCGCUACAGGCCUGGCUCGCUACUUCCCAGCUUCUCCAUGGAUGGAUGCUCGUAAAACUCCCAGUAAAAUUGACCUGUACGACGUCCGCAGGAGGCCAUGGUACAUCCAAGGAGCCGCUUCCCCCAAAGAUAUGCUAAUCCUCGUCGAUGCGAGCGGUAGUGUGUCUGGCUUGACUCUCAAACUGAUCCGGACCUCGGUCAGCGAGAUGCUGGAGACUCUUUCUGACGACGACUACGUCAAUGUAGUUUAUUUUAACACCAGGGUGAAGAAGACGGCCUGUUUCGAAAACCUGGUUCAGGCCAACGUGAGGAACAAGAAGCUGCUGAAGGACGCCGUGCAGAACAUCACAGCUAAAGGAAUAACAAACUACACCAAAGGCUUUGAGUUUGCUUUUGAGCAGCUGUCUGUGCAAAAUGUGAGCAGAGCAAACUGCAACAAGAUCAUCAUGCUGUUUACUGAUGGAGGAGAGGAAAGAGCUUCGGCCAUACUGGAGAAAUACAAUGCUGACAAAAAGGUGAGGAUCUUCACCUUUUCAGUUGGACAACACAACUAUGACAAAGGACCCAUUCAGUGGAUGGCUUGUUCCAACAAAGGUUACUUCUAUGAGAUUCCUUCUAUUGGCGCCAUCAGAAUAAACACGCAGGAGUACCUGGAUGUCCUGGGCCGACCCAUGGUUCUGGCAGACAAGCAGGCCAAACAGAUCCAAUGGACCAAUGUGUACCUUGAUGCCCUGGAACUGGGUCUGGUCAUCACGGGAACACUCCCUGUCUUCAAUAGAACCAUGACCGUAGAUGAAAAGCAUGGCGAGCACCAGAACCAAUUGAUUCUGGGUGUGAUGGGGAUCGACGUGUCUCUGGAUGAUAUCAAGAAACUCACGCCACGCUUCACUAUUGGUCCAAAUGGAUACUACUUUGCCAUUGACCCCAAUGGAUACGUCCUGCUGCACCCCAACCUCCUGCCAAAGAAUCCCAAAUUCCAGGAACCUGUAACUCUUGACCUUCUGGAUGCCGAGCUUGAAAACGACAACAAAGUGGAGAUCAGGAAAAUGAUGAUCGAUGGGGAGAUAGGCGAACGAACCAUUCAUACUCUGGUUAAAACUCAGGAUGAGAGAUACAUAGAUAGAGGAAACCGGACCUACACAUGGGCUCCAGUCAAUGGAACAGAUUACAGCCUGGCUCUCGCCCUACCUAAAUACAGUGAACACUUCAUUCAAGCUAAACUGGGGGAAGACAUGAAAGAAGCCAUGUCUUCUACUUGGGGCAAAAAAGCAAUGGAGACGAUGCAGCUGGAUAGGUUUGAUGAAUUUGGUCACACCUACAUCGCUCCGAGGGAGUACUGCAAAGAUCUGAAGUUGUCCCUCAACAACACCCAGUAUCUCCUCGACUUCAAUGAGUACAUCGAAAGAACCCCUCCAGAAGCAUGUAACGUGUCCCUGGUGAGUCGGCUGAUCCUGGACGCAGGUCUGACGGCUGAACUGGUUAAACUUUGGAAUGAGCAGAGUGUGGAUGGGAUUGUCGCCAGGUUUGUAGCCACAGAUGGAGGAAUCACGCGGCUCUACCCACGAAGUGCUGCGGAAGAGUGGAGCGAGAAUCAUGAGCCGUACGAGUCCAGUUUCUACAAAAGGACCCUGGACAAUGAAAUUUAUAUUUUCACAGCUCCAGCUUUCAACACGGAGGCAAGAGAGCCUGUUUCUGAGCCCUGUAUUCUCGUGAGCAAAUCAGUGGACCUCACCAUCGACAAAGUCACACUCAAACCAGCAGUGGUCGGAGUGAAACUCAAUGUCUCCUUCUGGAUGAACUCUUUCAUGAAUGCUACUCUGAAACUGAAUUGCAAGGAUGAAAUCUGUGGCUGCCUGAAGAAUGACAAGCAUGUCGACUGUGUGAUCCUGGACGAUGGAGGAUUUCUUCUCAUGUCCAAUCAGGAUGAGUACAUCUCUCUGAUAGGUCAGUUCUUUGGCGAGGUGGACCCGGUGCUGAUGAUCAACCUGGUCAACACUUCCCUUUACUCCUUUAACAAGACCUAUGACUACCAGUCGGUCUGCGACCCGGAGAAGGACAGCAAGGCUGCAGCCGGAACCCGCUCCGUCUAUGUGCCUACCAUUGCAGACUUGCUCAGUGUCGGCUGGUGGGCAUCCACUGCUGCCUGGUCGAUACUCCAGCACCUUAUCUAUGGACUGAUUUUCCCCAACUUUCUGGAAGCAGUGGAGUCAGCAGAUGAAGACAUAUCAGACAACAUGUUCAAGGAAAGCUGUAUCACUGAGCAGACUCAGUACUUUUUUGACAACGAUGAAAGAUCCUACUCAGGUGUCCUGGACUGUGGAAACUGCUCCAGGAUGUAUCGUGCCGAGAAGCUGCCAAACACCAACCUGGUGUUCCUGAUCACCGAUGCCAAGGCGACGUGUUUGUCGUGUGACCCCAGACCGCUUCGCCAGGCGGAACAACCCUCCGAAGGUCCAGAUCCAUGCGAGCUGGCUCAGAACCCGAGAUACCGCAAAGGGCCGGAUGCGUGUUUUGACAACAAUGAAAAUGAGGAUGAUUCUGAGUGCGGAGGAGGGACCUGCCUAAGCCCGUGUCACUGGCCAAUGCUCGGGCUCCAACUGCUGCUUCUGUGGCUCUUCACGUCUUUACGACACUCAUGACCCCUACACACAUGUACACACACACACACACACAUUCAUUUACACACGUCGAUCAAGAUCUCAUUUCACAAGAGGACAUUGCAGAAUACUUUCCUUUCAUCGUUUCUUUUUUUUUCUGACGACCAAUAACAGCAUUUCCAUUUGACAAUGCCAAAGGGUGCUCAUUCAUUUCCUCCUCAUGAGUUUCAAAAACAGAGACACAUCUACUGUGCUCAGCUGCACUCAUGUCCAUGAUAUAUUCCUUAAUACUCUCCUAUGGUGCAAGAGUAAGAGCUAACCAAACCCUUUAAUUCUGCCUCAUUAGUUUCUCUUGAUUUUUUUGGUGGAGGGUGAAGCGUUGUCCCACUAUGCCAACUAAAUACCAUUCAAAGACUGUAUGUUCACUGACAGCAUUGAUUUGUGUAGUUGUCAGUAUUGUUUGUUGCUUAUUAUAUAUAUUGCGUAUGAAUCCUUAUGCUGUAAUGAUUGUUUAUUUCGACAAACCCGUGCAAUGACAGUAUGAAGAAUAUUUAUUUUCGUUCGAGUGAUUUUGAAAUGUAUUGUACCUAACUAUUUAUGUAUUUCGUUUUGUUUUGUUUUCCAAAUCAACAAGCAUUUUGUGACUAUAGCUAGGUGUUGUAUUGUAGCAGCAUGUGCUCAGUACAGAGCUAAAGACAACACCGGUACUCUGACACCAAAGCUCCACAAGGACCACAGAUAAACACAAACAUACUACAGAGAAUCUGCAGGCCAGUCUAUUUUAAGGGAUUACUCAGAUGUGGGUGUUUGCCAGUAUUCAAGUCUGAAUGUUAGCUGAAUAGAUAGAUAGAUAGAUAGA